AUGGAGGUGUCGAGCAGGGAUGACAGCGAGUACAGAAUUUUGGUAAAAGAUCGAGUCAGAUAUUUAAUAAUCAGCGCCGGUACAUUCGAACGAUCAACGCUUUCCUUCCCCCUCAGCUCGUUACCCAAAUUUCCCGAAGAUUACACUUGGAAUGUGGCGUACGUCAAUCGAGAUCCGUCCAGCGAUGAGGUCGUGAUGGAUCUACAGCACAGAACCUUCAUUGGCAUAACAGACCUUUGGCAUCCUGUGUUGGUUGACUGUCUCGAGUUAAAAAGGAGAAAGCAGUUCACUGCUACCACGUACGAAGCAACUUACUCCGGCAACGGGUCAUUACCUACUACGAGGUCGCCGGUUGUGGUUGCUAAAGUCGCACGGUUCGAGUGGGAGCUGCCUCGUUUAUCGUUGGAGACCCUCAUGUAUAGAAGCUUGGAAAACACAGGCCUUGCCCCCCGAUUCAUUGGCCAUGUCCACGAGCAUGGCCGUGUAAUUGGCUUUAUGCUAGAAAAGCUCGAAGGGCGUGAAGCAAACAUCAAGGAUCUUUCGUCUUGUCGAUCUGCCCUCCAGCGCCUACAUGACAUUGGCAUCCUCCAUGGCGACGUCAACAGAUACAAUUUCAUUAUUCAAAAUGAUACGGCGCGCCUGAUUGAUUUCGAGAAAAGCAAAUUUUGUAAUAGCGCUACUGCAUCCAUGCAAGCUGAGAUGGAUAGUCUACGUGAUCAAUUGGUGGAGGACACAGGCCGCGGUGCAGGUUUCACACGGUGA